AAAAGACGAAUCAAUACCAGAGGAAUCAAAUAUGAAAUACAGUGAUAAGUGACGCGGAAUGAAACUUUACAAGUAAAGAAACUUCCGGUCUCUCGUUUUCGUCCUCUUCAAGUAAAGAAUCUUUACGACAUCAGUCCCGCGAAAGGUCCUCCAUUGAUAGUAGAAACUUGGAAACACUUUCUCCGAGUCUAAGACCAACCACAGCUUUCACUUUCUAGGGGUUUUUCUGGUUUUCCUCGAUAAUCUUUUCCUGUCCAUGCUUCGCUUCCUCUCGCUCUCUAGAUCAUCAUCAAUGGGUGAAGAAACAAGCCCGUUGGAUUCUCUCCGUGUCAACUCAAGAACUUCUCCGGUGGUCGGCUCAUCGCUAAUUCCGAUAAUCAACAAGCUUCAAGACAUUCUCGCUCCUGUUGGGAGGGAAUUGACCAAUAUUUCCCUGCCGCAGGUGGCGGUUAUCGGAAGCCAGAGCAGCGGCAAAUCGAGCGUGCUCGAGGCCCUCGUCGGCCGCGAUUUUCUCCCCCGAGGCUGCGAUAUAUGUACGAGAAGACCGCUCGUCUUGAUGCUAGAGAAUCGGCCGGAGAAGCCCGGCGAUGAUGGAAAGGAAUGGGGCGAGUUCCGUCACUUGCCUGGAAAGUGCUUCUACGAUUUCUCCAAGAUUCGCCGCGAAAUCCAGGCUGAGACUGAAAGAGGAGUAGGAUUAAACAAACGGGUUUCAGAUAAACAAAUUUUCUUGAAGAUUUCCUCUCCAAAUGUACUUAAUAUGACCCUUGUUGAUUUACCCGGCAUUACUAAGGUUCCCGUUGGGGAUCAACCCAUUGACAUAGAAGCAAUGAUUAGGAACAUGAUAAUGGUCUAUAUUCAGCAAGAAAGCUGUAUUAUUUUGGCAGUUAGUCCUGCAAAUUCCGAUUUAGCAACUUCUGAUGCACUUCAAAUGGCUAGAGAAGCUGAUCCAACUGGUUAUCGAACAAUUGGUGUAAUCACAAAGCUUGACAUAAUGGACCGAGGAACUGAUGCUCGUAACUUUUUGCUUGGGAAAGUUGUUCCACUUCGUCUUGGUUACAUUGGUGUAGUCAGUCGGAGUCAAGAGGAUAUUAAUAAUAAUCGUAGUAUUGCUGAUGCUCUUUCUCAUGAAGAGAAAUUUUUCAACAAUCAUCCUGUAUAUAGCAGUCUAUCUGGUUGUUGUGGCAUCCCCCAGUUAGGAAGGAAGCUUAAUCAGAUUCUGGAACGGCAUAUCAGAACAGUUUUUCCAAGUUUGAAGUCCGAGCUGAAUUCAGAAAUAUUUUCUGUUGGUAAAGGACUUCGGACAUAUGGAAGAGCUUUAGAACCGGAUGUGGAGAAAGGAGUAAUUUUGUUGAACAUUUUGUCAAAAUAUUGUGAAGCUUUUUCUGCUAUGUUGGAUGGAAGGAGUCAGGACAUAGCAACUACAGAAUUGUUGGGGGGAGCCAGGAUCCAUUAUAUUUUUCAAACAACUUUUGUUAAGAGCUUGGAGGAAGUUGACCCAUGUGAGGAUCUAACUGAUGCUGAUAUUUGGAUGGCUAUUCAAAAUGCUGUUGGUCUAAAGAAUUCCUUAUUUGUUCCAGAGGUCCCAUUUGAAGUUCUGGUUAAAAGACAGAUUGCUAUGUUGUUGGAACCUAGCCUUCAGUGUCUCCGAUAUGUUUAUGAUGAACUGCUUAAGAUUAGCCGUGCUUGUGAAGCAGCUGACUUGCAAUCGUUUCCAGUAUUGAGAAGGCGCAUGGAUGAUAUAAUGGGAAAAUUUUUGCGUGAUGGUCUAAAGCCUGCUGAGAACAUGAUAGAAAAUCUUAUCGAGAUGGAGAUGGAUUAUAUAAAUUCUUCAAAUCCAAAUUUCCUAGGUGGUAGCAAAGCUGUUGAGCUUGCUCAGAAACAGUUGAGAUCUCCACAGGGCAGUACGGAUGCUGGAAAGGCAUCCUUCAUGGAGAAAGGCCAAAAUUCUCUGGCUUCUCUGGCUGCUCUUCCUAGGUCGGUUGUGAAUGGAGCUUUAUCAAACGGUCGAAACCAGGGAAGUCCUUCAGUAAACAAUGAGAAACCUAUAUCAUCUGCAGGAAAUGCAUCUGCGAGGACUUGGGGGAUUUCAUCUAUAUUUGGGAGCAGGGGAUCAUCUGGAGAGGGACCAGCUAGCAGCAGAUCUUCAGGUGAGCCCGAUCAUUCUGAUCAGAUGCCUUCCAGGAGGAUCAGUCUGACAAAGCCCCCAUCCACAUUAAGGGAACUUGAAACAACAGGGAAUCAAACACUAGAAAUUUUGGUAACCAAAUUACUCCUGCAAUCAUACUAUGACAUUGUCAGAAAGAACGUUCAAGACCUAGUUCCAAAAGCUAUAAUGCAUUUUCUGGUCAACCAUGCAAAACGGGAUCUUCAUAGGACCUUCAUACAUAAUCUCUACAGAGAGGACCACUUUGACACGCUGUUGGAGGAGGAGGAUGACGUUGUCUUGAAAAGGAAACACGACCAAGAACUCCUUCAGGUUUUAGAGAAAGCCGUCCAGAUGCUUGAGGAAGUUGAAUCUGACGUCUCAACACGAAGUUCACAUUCAAGCUCUAAUAGUGAUGAUGCGACCAAUGGUUUGCCACGGGCUACUACGGGGAUUUCAUCUCGUUGAAAUUUCAAAACCAAAGUUGAGGACAUGCCAUCUUACGUUCUCAUCCCUUAGUAAUUUGAGAGCUCGAAAAUAAGAGCAGCCUCAUUUCCGCCAGCUUGUUAUGCGGUGGAAUGCAAAAGUCAUUUGCGAGUCUUAAAAUUCUGUCCUACUACUAUAUACAUGUCAAUCCAUCCACGUACGAACGAAGCCGGAAGUAAUUUUGUAGCGCCCUGAGGAAAAAAAAAAGGAAAAAUAGCUCGAGCGGCUGAUUCAAAUUUCCCAUUUUCAUAGAGUAGCACAUUCUUGGAUUGCAUUGUAUUUGUGUGUGUGUGUGUGUGUGUGUGUGUAUUCAACGGAAACAAUGCAGGUUUUUGUCUGCUGGCACUUCUGAAUUCUGAAAUUAGACGGAUAAAAUAGCUUGACGGCAAAAGAU